GCAUCAUGUAAUGUACAUGUACCUGUUCCCUGCUGCAAUUUACCAUUAAAACCCUUUUCCCUCUCUUCUCUUCUCUUCUCCAUCGCCGUCGCCAUGUCUAAGGCUACUGUGGAGCUCGAUUUCUUCGGCCUCCAGAAGGACGCCUCCUCCAACCGAUCAACCUUACGAGGCAUUUCGAAGAUCAACCCCGACCUUAUCAAAUCUCUCAUCGGCUCUGCCUCCAUUUCCCUGCCUCCUGCUCUCCCUCACUUCAUCAGGCCGGACUCAUCUCCCAUGACAAUCUUCUACAAUGGAACCGUUGCCGUUUUUCACCUUCCUCCUCAUAAGGCGGAGAGCAUUCUCAAACUUGUUGCGGAAGGAAGAGAUGAAGCGGAUCCAACGCCUGCAGUUCCAUCCACCGAUCACCACCACCAACACUUGCUUGCCUCUCUCGACGGAGAUCUUCCAAUUGCCAGGAAGAAGUCGCUGCAGAGAUUCUUGGAGAAGCGUAAGGAGAGGAUGACUACGGCUGCACCAUACGGCUGCCCCAAGACCCAGACCCAGACCCAGCUAACAUAGAACAGAAGAUGAAGAUUACGCGUUUUCUGACACAGACAACUCUCUAUUCUUCUUUCGCUCCAACUUAUAUUCAUAAGGAUUUGGAUUAUGACAACAUAUCAUAUGAUUAUAUAAUCUUAUUUUAUUUUUUGUAUAACCAUAGCCCACAUAUUGUUAUGGCAACGUGUAGUGCCAGUGUUGGUGGUGGACUUUGAACCAUACUCUGCAGUUGCUUUAUUUUCUUAUUUUUUAAUUCAUAUGCAGCCUCCCUUCCUUUUUCUUGAAUCCCAACUUUAUGCCUUUCUUUCCUUCUUAAUUAUAAAGACUGGAAUCUGAUGAUUCAAAAUUGUACUCCAA